ACUUGUUAGCGUAUCACGUGCCAGACUCUUAAUGAAGUGGACACACCGUUGGGCCCGGUGUGCGCAUGCGCUCGGUGUAAAAUGUAGUUGGAAAUGAGGUGUCCGUCUUGGAGUAGUCGACUUUUAAAAAGCAUCGGCAGCCCGUGAUAUGACGACUUCGCUGGUUCUGCAUCCACGCUGGGCGGACACCUUGAUGUACGUUUAUGAAAAAAGCCCGAAUGAAAGCAGCCAGAAUAAAAGCCAAACAAUGGAGGGACUGAGCGGUAAUUGCCCUGCGACCCACUGCAGGGACCUGAUGUCGCACCCAGCGCUGGGACGACAUUCUGGCUCCAUAGCGACCCACCAGGGCUCCGUCUACUCGGAUAUUUCCUCUCCGGAGAGCGGUCGGCAGUGCCCCGCUCCCCAAACGUCUUCGAGCGCGUCUCUGAGCUACGGCUACCCCUUUGGAAAUCCAUAUUACGGCUGUAGAUUAUCCCACUCGCACAACGUGAACUUGCAGCAGAAGCCCUGCUCGUACCACCCCGCGGAGAAAUACGCCGAGCCCAGCACGGCUCUCCCCACGGAAGAACUGUCUACCAGGCCGAAGGAGUUUGCUUUCUACCCGAGUUUCGCCAGCUCGUACCAGGCCGUCCCAGGAUAUCUGGACGUGUCGGUGGUGCCCGGAAUCAGCGCCCAUCCUGAGCCGCGACACGACGCCCUAAUCCCCAUGGAGGGCUACCAGCACUGGGCUCUCUCCAAUGGCUGGGAUGGACAGGUGUACUGCUCAAAAGAGCAAACGCAGUCGACCCAUCUCUGGAAAUCACCUUUCCCAGACGUCGUGCCCCUGCAGCCCGAGGUCAGCAGUUACCGUCGCGGGCGCAAAAAGCGCGUCCCUUACACCAAGAUCCAGCUCAAGGAGCUGGAGAAGGAGUACGCGGCCAGCAAGUUCAUCACCAAAGACAAGAGAAGACGCAUCUCGGCCGCCACCAACCUCUCGGAGCGCCAGGUCACCAUCUGGUUCCAGAACCGGCGGGUCAAGGAGAAAAUCGUCAGCAAAUCCAAGAACAAUCACAUCCACACCACUUGAUACAGACAGGGCUGCACCUCGACUCGUCCGAAAACAACACGGCAUCUGUUUACCUCUCGCAUCGAAAGAUCUUGACUAAAGAACAUUAGAUAUAUUUUUUUUUCUGUUGUUGUUUGGGCCGAGUGCGUUUUAAAUCUCUAAUUUAAGUUCCAACAUCAGCCAACACCGCCGACCACGUCUACAGCCUCCCCUCCACUUCUCAGUUUAGAGAUAAUCCUCUAAAAACUGUGAAAAUGUUGAAAGUUCACUUCGAUUUUGUUUUAUAGGAAUGUACAUAUAUAAAUAUAUAAUAUUUAAAGCGCUAUCUGUAUUUCAAAGACAAGUAUUGCGUGUUUUAUUUUUUUCUUCGUCUCCUUCUUAUUCUUCUUCUUCUAGCCUGCUUCUUUAAAAGGACUGACGACAACUCAAAGUGCUUGCAAUGGGGGAGAUCAAAAUCAAAGGAAACUGUUGUCAUCUUAGAGAGGAUGAGCGCCACAUGGACAGCAUAAGUCGAACUUUCGACUUUAAUCAGUUUCUACAACUGACAUUGAAGACUUUCAGCAGAAAGAAUAAUUAGGGAAAAUAAA